GUCAGACCAUUCAGUUGGUGUUUUGAUUUCGUUCCUGGUUAUAUAACUAGUUAACUAAUAGACAAAUAUGUCGCCCCGUGGUCUCAUCAUGGCAGCGUUACUGGUUAUCAGUACACAACAGGAUGUAACUCUCCCAACUGAGACAGGCUUUAGGCCCCGUCCAAUGGUGACUGUCUCGCCACCCACAACUGACAGUAAUACUACCUUGCCUGCUUCAGCUCCUGGAGGUGACGUUGCCUUCACAGUGAAAAAGGCGGCAAACUUAACUAUGACCCUACCAGCUACAGUAAUAUUCCAGGAGGUCGUAACUAAUGCUGGUGAAGCCUGGCAUCAAAACUCCAGCGAGUUCGUGGUACCAGUUGAUGGAGGUUAUUUCUUAACCUUUAACGCUGUUGGUGGCAACAGUAGCGACUUCACGAUGGCUCUGCUAAAGAACAAAGUUCCUCAAGUGACUGCAUAUGGAACGCUAAGCCAUUUUGAACACUCUUCUAACUCGGUGUUCUUGGAGCUCCACCGUGGUGACGUGGUGUCCCUGCAGCUGCAGGAGGGCAUGAUCUACGACCACCCUUUUAACGAGACCUACACCACAUUCACUGGCUUCCUUGUUUAUCAUAUUUAAAGCUU